UGAGGCUGUGCAUGCAUCAACGUGUUCAUUCAUCAACCAAACCUUAGGCAACCAAAUCCACCCUUAACACAUUCUCCCUGCCAUUUGAGACUGAUAGAUAUAUGCAUGUCCUCUGCUUCAACACUCAGACAAGGCAGAACAAACAAACCCUCCACCAUGGUUGAAGCACAAGUAGUUGAAUCUAGAUCUUCUACAUUCGAGAACAAGAAGAGGAGCAAAGUAGGUUGGUGUUUACAAGAGAGUGAUGAAGAUUUACUUACGGUUCCCGACGUGGAAAACCCAUCUAUCAUAACUAACAACACUUCCCAGAUUAAUAAUAAUCAGAAUCUGCAGAAGCGGCGCAGGGGACCUAACCCUGUUGAUAAGGAGUACAGAAGGCUUAAGAGGUUGCUAAGGAACAGGGUUUCUGCUCAACAAGCUCGAGAAAGGAAGAAAGUUUAUGUGAACGACCUGGAAUCCAGAGCCAAGGAAUUGCAGGACACAAACUCCAAAUUGGAGGAGAAGAUUUCAACUUUGAUCAAUGAAAACACUAUGCUUCGGAAGGUUCUUUUGAAUACAAGGCCUAAACUUGAUGAGAGUAUUGAGCAAAAGCAGGAUCAUUUGUUGAGCAACAACUGAUUACAACACAGUGAGCCAUAGCGAGCUUGUCACCACUGUUAAUUUGCCUCUCUUUCUUUAUACUGUAAUUCUAUAUUAGCUUAAUUAUAUCGUUUUUAUGUACCCAGAAUUUUAUAAUUAUACAAUUUGAGUACCUUCUGCUUUUUA